UUAAUAUUGAUCUGUAUCUCAAAUACUGAUUUCAUGAGUGAUGGCCAAUGCUACUGAAUAUUUCAAGACCUAAGCACUUUGACUUAGCACAAUGCAUUUUAGUGGCCCUGUUUAUCAGCAUACUUGUUUCCGGCUUCUGCCAUGUUCGAAAUUUCCCAUUACUAGAGUUUUGUUGCCUCUUACCGGUGAGCAGCAUGCUCUUCUCCAAAGGGAGGUGGAGAAGUGCCAACUAGAUGUCGGCAAACUGAUUAUACAGCAUUGUUGUCGGCAAACUGAUUAUACAGCCAGCAAACAGUGAUCCAGGUUUUUGCCACCAGAAAUGUGAUAAUCUAUCUAGACUGUCCAUCCAGCUAUGAAAGAGGUUUAUGGUGUGCACCAUGUGCAGUGAACAAUGCAUAGGUACCUACCUAUAGAAUGGAUUGUGGCACAGUGUGGAUUCUGUGUCUUUAGACACUUCUCACUGGCUAGUGCAGGCCACAGCCCACAGGGUUGUACUGUCACAGCAUGCUGUGCUCAGCAAGGUCUAAACCAGCCACUGCUUGUGCACAAUGGACCUCUCCAGUCUGCUGCUGGACGAAGAUGAGCCGGCCGAGGACAUCGGGCUGCACCAGGCGGCCUACGCCGGGGACGCGGCCGAGCUGCGGCGGCUGCUGCAGCUGCCGCACUACCGGUCGGCCAUCAACCGGCGGCUGCGGCUGCUGGGCGUCACGCCGCUCCGGCUGGCCGUCUCCGGCGACUCGCUCGAGUGCGUCUGCUGCCUGCUGGAGCACGGAGCUGAGGUGGAUCUGACGGACAUGAAGGGUCAGACGCCGCUCUUCGUGGCCGUCAAGGACCAGCACCUCGAGUGCGCCAGACUUCUGCUGCGGCGCGGCGCCUGUCCGGACGGCUCGGCUGACAACCUGUCCACGCCGCUGGGCCAGUGCUGCCAGUCGGGCUGGCUGCCGGGCGUGCAGCUGCUGCUGGCGGCCGGCGCGGACCCGGAGCGCGGCCUGCUGCGCGGCGGCCCGGUGCCGGCGCUGCCGCUGCACACGGCCGCCGUCUACCACCACCUGGACUGCUUCCUGGCCCUCCUGCUGGCCGGCAGCCAGGCCGACCCGGCACGGCGCCCGCGUGUGCCCGCCGACGCCGUCAGCAGGGUGUCGCUGCCGCACGCGCUGCUCAGACACAGGUGCUCUGUGGAGUUUAUCGAGCUUCUGUACGAGUUUGGCGGUAACCUGUGGCAGCUCAACGGCCGCGGCCUGCUCGCCUGGGAGGUCGAGCCAGACAGUCUGCUCGUCAAACCGCUCAAACAGCUAGCAGGUACGCCGCACUCUCUACAGAACCUGUGCCGACUCCGCGUACGCCGCUGGCUAGGCCGGCGCCGGCUGCCGCUGCUGGCCCGCCUGCCGCUGCCGCCGGCAGUCAUCAGCUACCUCAUCUACUCGGAUACCAUCCGACUCGUCAAGUUCGGCACCUUCCGCUUCAGCUAGGUGACAGUCCGCCGCCGUUUGGCAAGCGUUACGACUUCAGAAAGCUUCCUCCUGUGGUGUGACAAUAGACUGUGUGGGAAUGUGCAAUGCUGAUAGCUGCGCAGUGGAACUACUAGUCGUGACUUGCAACGCAGUCUGACGCACGGCUGAGGACUGCUGCCGAGAU